UCCCGGCGCGGGAGGGCUCGCUCCAAACUCCCUGAACUUCAGAAGCAGCCCCCGAAGGGCGAAACUCUCAGGGACCCCUCCCCACCACGCCGGGCGGUGCCCCUCGACGACCUCGCCUCGCCGAGGCCCCUGCUGACAAGUGCCUGGACUCCGAGGGCCUCGGGGGCCCGGCCGGAGCUGACUGUCCCCAGCCCCGCGCACGGCCACGAUGCUCUUGAGGAAAGUGCCCGGCUUCGUCCCGGCCUCCCCGUGGGGGCUGCGGCUGCCGCAGAAGUUCCUCUUCCUUCUCUUCCUCUCCGGCCUCAUCACCCUGUGCUUCGGGGCCCUCUUCCUGUUGCCCAACUCCUCUCGCCUCAAGCGCCUCUUCCUGGCCCCCCGGACCCAGCAGCCCGGCCCGGAGGUAGUGGCCCAAGUCGCCGGCCAUCCCCUGGCGCCCGAGCAGGAGUCGCCUCCCAACCCGGCCCCCGCGGCUCCAGCCCCGGGUGAGGACGACCCCGGCAGCCAAGCCAGUCCCCGCCGCAGGAAAGGGUGGCUGCGGCGCACCCGCCCCACCGGGCCGCGGGAGGAGGCCACGGCGGCCCGGGGCAGCGGCGCCACGGCCCUCAGACCGCAGGAGGGGAGCAUCCCCUCUAGCUUUGACUUCAACGCGUUCCGGAGCCGUCUCCGCCACCCGGUUCUGGGGACUAGGGCAGACAGGAGUGAGGAGCCCCAGAACCUAGUUCAAACCCAGCGGGAGAAAAUCAAGGAGAUGAUGCAGUUCGCCUGGCAGAGCUACAAGCGCUAUGCGAUGGGGAAAAACGAGCUGCGGCCCCUCACCAGAGACGGCUACGAGGGCAACAUGUUUGACCACGUCUCAGUUGGAGGACUCGGGGACAGUUUUUAUGAAUAUUUGAUCAAAUCCUGGCUGAUGUCGGCCAAGACAGAUAUGGAGGCUAAAGACAUGUACUACGAAGCCUUGGAGGCAAUAGAGACCCACUUGCUGAAUGUCUCUCCCGGGGGGCUGACCUACAUUGCUGAGUGGCGAGGGGGGAUUCUGGACCACAAGAUGGGGCACCUGGCCUGUUUCUCCGGGGGCAUGAUCGCCCUCGGCGCUGAGGAUGCCAAGGAAGAAAAGAGGGCCCACUACCGAGAGCUCGCAGCCCAGAUCACCAAGACGUGCCACGAAUCGUACGCCCGCUCAGAUACCAAACUGGGGCCCGAGGCCUUCUGGUUUAACUCUGGCAGAGAGGCCGUGGCCACGCAGACAAGCGAGAGCUACUACAUCCUGAGGCCCGAGGUGGUGGAGAGCUACAUGUACUUGUGGCGGCAGACUCACGACCCCAUCUACAGGGAGUGGGGCUGGGAAGUGGUGACGGCCUUGGAGAAAUACUGUCGGACGGAAGCCGGGUUCUCCGGGAUCCAGGACGUAUACAGUAAGGUUCCCAACCACGACAACAAGCAGCAGACUUUCUUUCUAGCGGAGACACUGAAGUAUCUCUAUCUUCUGUUCUCUGAAGAUGACAUGCUCUCCCUGGAAGACUGGGUGUUCAACACGGAGGCCCACCCCCUCCCCGUGAACCACUCGGACAGCUCUGUCAGGGGCGGGGACUGACUCCCGCCCCUCCCCCUCUCCCUCCGGGCCACCUCUUCGGGAUUUGGGGCUGUUCUCAAACGGAUUGGGAAUGUGGGCCCCUGCCUGGCAGACCCAGCAGAUGUGUUGGACAAGCAACUUCUUUUCCUCUGUGAGGAGACAGGACUUGGAGAUGCAGCGAUGUCACACCAGGCCCAGACAUUCCUUUCCACGGAGAAUUUCUGUGACACCUGCUCACUUGUCAUUCCAGGGCCAAAGCACUGGAGGUUUGCAUUGCAGCCUCGUGUGUUUGAUUCCCUUCCUUUCCUUUUGGAGGUUUUUUUGGUUUUUGCUUGAUUUUGCCUUUUCUCUACGGUUGUGUUUUAUCACAGAUUAUAAAUAUAGUUUUCAAAAUCAUGUGCUUUCAAAAAUGGUGUCAUCCCAAUAAACUUAACCUUAAAGUAUUUGCACACACACACAAAAUCUUGACCCCAUUUUCUAUAUUUUGAAUUCCUUUUGCCCAGCAUUUACUAUAUGUUCAAUUAUGUGUCAUUUACCUUAUAAUUUGAGGAGGGGUUCCCCUUUGAUUUGGGCCUACGCGUCGUGAAUCACUAGUGCUGUUUUCAUUAUUGUAAUGGAAAAAUCUGUAAAAUUACAAUAAAAGAGUUUAUUGAAUAAGAAA